ACUUCAGUCACGCGUCCGUCAGUGAGCGCGCAACAGGUCUUUCUCAGUGUCAAACUCAGAUCUGUCCCUUACAUAAUCUGUUCUUCAUCCGUCUCUGCAAGGUUAAGGAUUUUAAAGAGCACAACUGUGUCGUAUUAUCGUGAUGAGGAGUUAAGGAACUUCUGAAUUUUGGUUUCAUGUCUGGAUGGUUACUGUCGGACGAUGGCAAAGACAUCUCAUGUGCUUUCUCUCGUCGAAGUCCUCUUUACCAUCAACUUGGUUAUAGCGAUAGAGCUCAGGUUUGUUCCUGAUCCUCCAACCUUAAACAUCACUGAGAAGACUCUCAAAAUCAAUGCUUCAGAAACACUGGAGAUCACAUGCAGGGGACGUCAGAUCCUGGAGUGGUCUACACCUUACAACCGAACCCGCUCUGAAACCCGGCUCAGCACAACAGACUGCAGUGGCAAUGGACUGUUCUGUAGCACUUUAAUGCUCUCAAAAGCAGUAGCCAAUGAGACUGGACUAUAUCGCUGCUUCUAUAAAAACCUGCCUGUAGAGGAUGGAAAGACUUCUGUAUCUGUGUAUGUCUUCAUACAAGAUUACCGUACACCAUUUGUCCGAAUUGCUCAAGAUUAUGAUGUGGUGUUCAUCCGUGAGGGAGAACAGGUGGUCAUUCCCUGCCUGGUAUCUGUGGAGAAUCUAGAUGUCACACUGUACACAAAGUAUCCAGUAAAAGAGCUGGCCACUGAUGGGAAAGAGGUUAUCUGGGAUAGCAAGAGGGGUUUCAUCCUGCCUAGUCAUGUGGUGAGCUAUGCUGGGGUGGUCUACUGCCAAACCACUAUACGAAAUGAGACCUAUCAUUCAUCACCCUACAUUGUGGCUGUCGUAGGAUACAAGAUCUAUGACCUCAUCCUGAGUCCAGCUCAUGAGAGGCUAACGGUAGGGGAGAGGCUAAUGCUAAACUGCACCGCUCACACCGAACUCAAUGUGGGAAUCGACUUUCAGUGGACCUUCCCUCAUGAGAAGAGAGGCGUCAACAGCUCAAUGCCUAGGACACGCUAUGAGACCAGGUCCUACAAGAAGAAGCUGUGGAACUCCUUAGAACUGUCCAAUACUCUCAUUGUAGAAAAUGUAACUGUAAAUGACACAGGAGAGUACAUCUGCACAGCCUCUAGUGGUCAGAUGCAGAAGAUUGCCCGAGCAGCCCUCAUCGUCUAUGAGAAACCAUUUAUAGCGCUCAAUGAUCAGAUGUUGCAGACUGUAGAGGCAACUGCUGGCCAGGAAGAGGCAAAAAUCCUUGUUAAAUAUUAUGCUUAUCCAGAGCCCUCUGUCAGAUGGUUUAAGAAUGAUCAGCCGAUAGUGUGGAAGGAUGAGUACAGAAUGAAGCCCAGCAGGGGGUCUCUUACGAUAUAUGGGGUUACAGAGAAGGAUACUGGGAAUUACACUGUUGUCAUGACAAAUAAGAUUACCAAGGAGGAGCAGAGAAGAACAUUUCAGCUGUUGGUUAAUGUUCACCCUAAGAUCUUUGAGAAGGAAGUGCCGUUGGAUCGAGAUGUCCACAUGUACGGCAGUAGCCCUACACUCAGAUGCACAGCUAGCGGAGGAUCCAGCCCUGUCACAAUACAGUGGCAGUGGAUGCCCAGAGAGGACUGCCCAAACAGAUUUCAACCUAAGUCGGACCAAAGUGUGGUUAAGUGUGACAAGUGGAGGGAGAUAUCAAACACCACUGGGAAAAACCCCAUCGUCAGCCCCACAUCUGUCAUUGAACGCUCUCUUAAGACCAUCAGCACACUGAAGAUCCAGAAAGCAGUUGAUCAUGCUCUCUACAGGUGCAUUGCUUCCAAUAAGAUGGGAAUAGAAGAGCGGGUCAUUGUGUUUCAAGUAGCUCGUUUCCUCAACCUAAGCGUCCUCCCCUCCAGCAAUCCUAUUGAGGGAGAGGAUGUGGUAAUGCGCUGUGUAGCCGAUCGACUGCUGUACUCUAACUUGCAUUGGUAUCGGGUAACCAACAUAGCCAACCCUGAUGCCUCUCCAGCAGCCGUGCCCUGUGACACCCUUACCCUGUCGCCUCUCCACCGGACCAGUGUCACCAUAUCAGGCCUGCAGGGCACCAAUGCAACACUGGAGCUGCCCAUACCCAAUGCCACAUUGAUGGACCAAGGCCUGUAUGCUUGCCAAGUGGAGAACGUGGGCAAUAGUGAGAGAACCUGCUUACUUCACAACCUCCGUCUCAGAGCUCUUGAGAUGUCAAGAAUUGUGACCAAUCUGACUGACCAGAGAGUGAAUGUGAGCGAAUCUACUACUCUAGUGUGUGAAGUGUCCGGCACACCAACCCCUACUGUAGUUUGGACUAAAGACAACCAGACCGUCAUGGAGGGAUCAGGUGUGAUUCUGAAACAGUCAAAUCGCGUCUUAACCAUCCAACGGGUGAAAAAAGAGGACAGUGGUCUUUACAUAUGUACUGCAUGUAACCAGCAAGGCUGUGACUCUCGCGUGGCUCGUAUCACUGUAGAUGGUGCAGAAGAAAAGAUGAAUGUGGAAUUGAUCAUGCCUAUUGGUGCCGUGGUCAUCGCCAUGUUCCUCUGGCUCCUCAUCGUCUUCGUCAUCCGUAAUAGGAAGCGGCAGCCUAAUGAAGGAGAUCUGAAAACUGGCUACCUGUCAAUGAUUCUGGACUCAGAUGAUUUGCCAAUGGAUGAGCACUGUGAGAGACUGACCUAUGAUGCAAACAAGUGGGAAUUCCCACGUGACAGACUGAAGCUAGGAGAGCCGCUGGGCAGAGGGGCGUUUGGUCAAGUUGUGGAGGCGACCGCAUAUGGUAUUGAGAAGGCCACCACCUGUACUACAGUAGCAGUGAAGAUGCUCAAGGAGGGCGCUACCACCAGUGAGUACCGCGCUCUGAUGUCUGAACUGAAGAUCCUCAUCCAUAUUGGUCACCAUCUAAAUGUGGUCAACCUUCUAGGAGCCUGCACCAAACCAGGAGGACCCUUGAUGGUGAUUGUUGAGUACUGUAAACAUGGUAACCUCUCCAGCUAUUUAAAAAGCAAGCGAGGAGAGUACAGUCCCUACAAGAAACGAAUGCCACGGAUGUCGUGCAUGAGGGAGGUGCAGCAGGAUGAGGAUUUGCACGAGGGGGAUCUGGGUCUGGGAACCAGCACUCGGCUGGACAUCUGCACUGGUACUGCCAUGUGCUCCAGGACAGGGGAACAGACCUCCACGACCCAGCUGCAGGACGAAGAAGAGAGUUCAGACUGGGAUCACCUGACGAUGGAGGAUCUCAUUAGCUAUAGUUUCCAAGUGGCCAAAGGCAUGGAGUUCCUAGCCUCUCGAAAGUGUAUCCACCGGGACUUGGCAGCCAGAAACAUCCUUCUCUCCGAAAACAGCGUGGUGAAGAUAUGUGACUUUGGGCUGGCCAGAGACGUAUAUAAAGACCCUGAUUACGUGCGCAAAGGAGAUGCUCGUCUUCCUCUCAAGUGGAUGGCUCCUGAGACCAUUUUUGACCGCGUGUACACCACACAGAGUGAUGUUUGGUCAUUUGGUGUGCUGCUCUGGGAGAUCUUCUCACUUGGUGCGUCUCCAUACCCAGGUGUGUGCAUCGAUGAGUCUUUCUGCAGGAGACUAAAGGAGGGAACCAGAAUGAGAGCUCCAGACUAUGCCACACCUGAGAUAUACCAGACCAUGCUGGACUGCUGGCUUGAUCGCCCUAAAGACAGGCCAACCUUUACUCAGCUAGUCGAGCAUCUGGGCAAUCUGCUACAAGCUAGCGCUCAACAGGAUGGAAAGGACUACAUCCCUCUGACAAACGGAGAGAUCGAAGAGGAAUCAGGAGCUCCUCACCUCAGUGUGACGUCGAAAAUAGCUUUCUAUGCAGGCAACAAAGAGGCCCAGCUCCACUAUGACAAUGCUCCACCUCUAGGGUUCCCACAGCAGAUCGACAGCUGCGGUGUGCCAGUAAGUGUGACGACUUUUGUGGACAUUCCCCUGGAGCACACUGCUGUAAUGAAUGGUCACAUGGACUGUGGCGUGGGCUUGUCACGUGAGCAAAUGAAAGCUUUGGAUCGGCAAGCGCAAAGACCACUUAAUUUCAGCCCACUACUGCGAUGCAAGAGUAAGGAGUCUUUAGCAUCUGAAUCCUCCAAUCAGACCAGCGGCUAUCAGUCCGGCUACCACUCUGAUGAUGCAGAAGCCCCCAUAUACGCCAACGAGGAGAUGAUCCUGAAGAGAGACAUUCGGAUGAAACCUCCACUGCCCAAGAGAAAUGACAAGUUCAGCGCAGAGGUCCGUUAUAGUGUGCCUCCAGUUUAACAUCUGUAGUGCUUCAAACAGUCUUGCUCUUUCUGUUAUUCAGAACUUUAAUGUAGUAGUAGUAAUUAACAUUUCAGUUUCAUUAUUUAAGACCCGUUCACUCCAAGGACGAUAACCAUAAAGAUAACCAUAAAGAUAUAGUUCUAAAAAUCGUUCUCCACAUUAAAGAAUAGCAGAGUUCACACCACAGCUUUAACGAUAAAGGCACAGAGUAACCAUAUCAUUGGAAUAACUUUAAGAACCUUUUUUUUUUCAUGGAUGCUAAUAUCAUUAUCUUUAUAGUUAUCGUUCUUGGUGUGAGCGGGGCUUUACUCAUCCUCAAGUUAUUACAAACCUGUGAGUUUAUUUUUUCUGCUGAACACAAAAAAAGAUAUUCUGAAGAAUGUUGGUAGCCAAAAGUUCACUGUGGCCAUCGACGUCCAUAGUAUGGAAGAAAAAAAUACUAUGGAAGUCAAUGGGUGCCAGCAGUUUGCUUACCAACAUUCAAAAUAUCCCUCUUUUGUGUUCAGCAGAAGAAAGAAACUCAUACUUGAGGGAGAGUAAAUGAGGAAACUGAAAUGUUCAUUUUUCAACUAUAUUUAAUGUAAUAGUUUAAAUUUGGACAUCAUUUCCUCACCCUCACAUCUUUUUAAGUCCUUUUUUGACUUUCUUUCUUAUGUUUAAAACAAAAUUUUUUAAAAAAUAUUUAUAAAACAAUUUCCAAGCUGCUCUUUAUGAGCUUUAUGAUGCUCCAUUUUUUUUUAGCUUGUCAGCCCUUGGUCUCCAUCCACUUACAUUGUCUGGUACAUUACAACUUUUUUGUUCUUUAGAAAGUCAUACAGGUUUAACAGAACAUGGAGUUGCAUAAAUGACUAAUUUUUUCAUUCAUGCUCAUUCGACAGAACAGCUUAAGGGCAAUUUCCUAUCUAAAAUGAGUAGCAACCUUCUUACCUUUCAUCCCACAUUAGGCUUUUCACAUACCACAUGACUCUAUCACCCUAAAACUACAAAAUGUUAAAUUGGCGGUUGAGCUUCGACUGAGAUGCACCAUUAUCGCCUCUUGCAUAAUUGUAUGCGUAAAGGAACCACUGACUCAUUUGAACGGUUAACUGUUUCUUUUUAUCAUACUCGCUUUUUGAAAUAAAUGUAAUAUAUUGUUUUGGACCAGACUGUUUUGGAGCAGAUAAGAUAUAUGUUUUAGUUUUAUUCUUCUAAAUGUAAGGGGAGUUUUGAGAGUGAGAAAGCCUUAGCCAUAUACAAUCAUGUUUACACAGACUAGCGGAGCAAGAGUGGUCUCUCAGUGUGUCCACGCCACUUCCUGUGCAAAGACCUGCCCUCUUCCUACCGCACAGGAAAUAGCAACUGGAAUGUCAGACAAUUGAGUGUGAGAAUGUUUUCCAUUUUGUUGUCUUCAUCUUUUGCAUUGUCUUUAAACGUAUCGUGACCAGACUUGCUCUCCCCCAAGCAGCAAACAGUCUGUCUGAAUUUGGUUUUCUCAGCUUUGUUUCUCGGUUGGCCUUUUGAUUGUACAGUUUAUAAUGAGGGCCUUCUUUGUCUUUGUAAGAAAAAUGUCAGUAUUUUGCCAUUAUGAUUAUAUUAUUUAGUUACACGUCUAUUAAUGUAAUUAGUUUUUUUUUUUAAAUAAACACUCUUGACAGUCAAAAACAA